AUGAAUAACGAUUUAUGCCUCUUGAUUAGACAAGUCAGAAUGCCAAUGAGAAUACCAAUACCUAAACAAAAGAAAUAACCUGUAUUUCACAAAAAAGCUUACACUAUCCCUGACAAAAUUUAUACUGAUAAAGAAAUCAUGGAAUUGUAUUAUUGCCAAACUAAUUAGAUAUUAUAAAAAAUUUAUUAAGGUAGAAAUUGAUGAUUCCAUUGCCUUAGAAAUAAUAUAAAAAGAUGACUUUAUUAAUUGUAAUAUCAAUAUGAAAUUAGGGACGUUAAAUACAAAUUGA